AUUAAAGCUAUUGUAAUUUUGGUUGCCUAGUUGUAGGCGAAUUUAAUAAUUGAAGAAAAGAAUUUGUUAUAUCGGGAUGUAACAGUCCUCCCCCCUUAGAUCUUUAUUGUCCUCAAUAAAACAUUGAAAUUUAAUAAAUUGAAUUAUGUAGUUUAAUUUGAUUAUAUCUAUGCUGACAAGGAAAAUGACAAAAGGCAAAAAUGCAGUUGCGAGCCUUUCUGCAGAAGUCAAAACAACUAUUCCUUGUGUACGUGACUCUUGACACAAAAUCCUCUUUUAUGAGUGUCAUCAAAUUUUUGCAAGAUGACAUGCAUUGGAUCAACCUUUGUGUAGCGUGUCAAGACUUUUAGUAUCCGUUGAGUGAUGGAUGAUCAAAGGUCAGUUUUUAGUGAAAACACUGUGGAUUAUAUUAAUUAUUGUGAAGAAAGGAUGUUGCCACUCCCAUUGUUAAGAGAUAGGCAAUUGCCACCUGGUGAGUAAUUUUGAAUUAUUCUUCUUUUAUCCUUAAGAUCCUAGAAUUGGUCAUUGUCGCGUGUGAUUUUGAUUUAUACUAUGGAAGGCUCUUCUGGUGAUAUUAAUACUUUACAUCAGGAUUCAAUUAAUGAUUUCGAUUUAAGUGUGUUUGAAAAUUCAGGGAGUAAUAUUGAUUUACAAACUGAAAUUAAUAAAAAUUUAACUGCUGCAAUAUUUGGUUCUGUUGAUGAAUUGCGCUCUAGUGUUCCGUAUGUGAAUCAACAAAGAUUGAUCAUUGAACGUUUGAUAGAUUUGGAAGAGAGAGCGGGUAUUUUCCAAUUCGCUUUCUGGAAAAUCUCUUCUAAUAAAGCGGUGGAUGUUCUAUGUAAUUUGUGUAAUUUAAUUUUUAAUAAAACUUUUUCUAAAGAUGACUUUAAAAUUGUGCGCGAAUUAGACAGUCGUCGUCAAGGCGUGUUAGUGCGCGUUUCUUCUUUAGACUUAAAAAAAAACAUUUAAUCUAGUGAUUCUCGUUUUAAAUUAUAUGGAUAUCAUGUGGAUAUAUUUUAAUUAACAUCAGUUGUUUGUUCUUUGUUUUUAGUUCCCAUAAGGCACCGAAGGUCGGCUCGUCCUUCUCCAAGUACUUUGGCCAGAAUGUUUUUUUUAAUAAAUGAAAUGAAUCGGCUGAUGCAUCUUGGUGAAAGUAUAAAAAAUUAUUUAGAGGCUCCAACUUCACACAAGGUUAUCCAAAAGAAACGAGGGCGUCCUAGAAAAAGGGCUCACAUUGAUUCACCCUCCACAUCUAGCGCAGUGGCAUUUUUGAGUGCGGAAAUUGAGGAGUAUGAUAAUGUCUUAGUUUGCGCAAGGCGGCACUCAGAUGAAUUAAACAACAUCGUCACGGAAUUAAUAGUUGACGAAAAUACGAGACCGCUUGUUUGUAGACACAUUCCUCAUUCAUCGAUGGUUAUUUGUCAAGGAAUUCCAGAUACCGAUCAUCAAUUCUGCGGUUGUGGGCUGUAUCUCUCUGGAGAUGGAGAAUGUUUAUGCAGAAAAGGUCUGAAUUAUAGAUAUUCUCCUGCACUUAUCAAUGAUGAAGAUUUGGAACCUGGUCCCAGUCAUAUUUAUGAUGAAAUCGAUGUUGAAGAAUAACCUUGUCCUUUUACUUCCUUUCCUUUGUCACUUUUCUCCCAAUCAGCAUA